CAAGACGGUCCCCCGGUCCCCCGCCAAGGAAAACCCUGUCAAUGAAUAUGAGUGAGAGCCGAGACCAGAGGAGAUCCAGAGCUUCUCCUCUCUCAGCUCGUGCAGCUCCGCCCACCUGCAGAUAAAAGCCAAACCCUCGCCAGAGCUGCUGUUCAGCGUUUGUCCCAAACUCCUCAAAGCUUUCUGAUACUUCCACCCUGCGGCAGCACACACAAAGCAGGACUGCGGCUAACGCCUGGCUGGAUCCCCGUGCACGGCCGCCGUCCCACUCAUGCCUUGGAAAAGACCCAGAAAAGCGACCUGAAGUGAGGGGAAGUGGAAGAGAGAGCAGACGAAGGAAGCGACCUCGAGGAGGAAAAAUCUGAGAAAAAAUGGCAGCCGUACCCCUCCACUCUCUCUGUCUACCCCUCACAGUGCUCCAGCUGUGUUUAUCACAUCUGGCCCACGGCGGGGCGUAUUACGGACAUAAACAGCCUCCUCAACAGCACCAGCCCUUGCCACAGUACAACGAUGGGUAUCCUCAGCAGCAGUUUUUGGGGAACGAGAUGCCACACCUGCCUUAUGGCAAAGAAGGGCCGUCGCUGCCUCAGUAUGGAAAAGAGCUUCCUCAGCUGCCUUUGCAAAUGAGCAAAGAGAGGCCACUGAUUGACAGCAAAGGACAAACAUUCCCAAGAGGGGCGAAAGGUCCACCUCCCCCUAUUCCAGGUGGAGAAGGUCUCAGAGAGGGACCGCAAGGAUUUCAGGGUCCUCCGGGACCAACGGGACCGCCGGGACCACAAGGCCCCCCUGGGCUACCAGGCCAGGGAAUGCCAGGGCUGCCGGGAAAGUCGGGGCCUCCCGGUCCUCAAGGCUACCCGGGAAUCGGAAAACCCGGCAUGCCAGGAUUGCCGGGAAAACCCGGAGGACCCGGGUUACCGGGACCAAAAGGCGACCUUGGUCCUUAUGGUGGCGAAGGACCGACUGGACUUCCUGGGCCUCCGGGGCUCCCAGGUCCCCCCGGACUCCCGGGGUUUUCAAAACCAGGAGGUCAAGGGCUUCCCGGCCAGCUGGGUCCUCUGGGGGAGCCUGGCCAGAAAGGUCCGCCUGGGUUUCCUGGCCCUCAAGGCCCGAAGGGAGAGAAAGGAUACGGUCAACCGGGUUUGCCAGGUCUGAAAGGACCUAACGGAGCACCGGGUCCAUCUGGAAAUGUAGGCAUCCCUGGGGUUGGCAAACCUGGCUUGAAUGGUCUACCUGGACAACCAGGGAUAGCAGGAAAACCUGGUCCUCCUGGAGAGUCGGGGCUGAUGGGGCCUCCCGGCGAAAGAGGUCAAACGGGACUACCGGGCUUGCCGGGAAUUGGAAAACCGGGAAAAGAGGGUUUAAGGGGACAACAGGGAUUCUCUGGAGGGAAAGGAGAAUCGGGCCCUCCUGGUUUACCAGGGGGUCCGGGCUUGCCAGGUUAUGGUAAACCAGGGUUUCCGGGACCUAAGGGUCACAAGGGACACGCCGGUCUCCACGGACCUCCGGGCCUGAAAGGCGAUAAAGGUCACGCGGGUCUUCCGGGGGUCAUCGGUUCCACCGGUCCUAGCGGUAUGCCUGGCCCACCGGGACCAAUAGGGCCUCCCGGUAGCCUUGGCUUCCCGGGGCAAAAGGGAGAAUAUGGUGUGGGGGGACCAAAAGGAAAUCCAGGAAUAAAGGGUGAUUUAGGGCCGGGUCUUCCGGGGCAGCCGGGUUUGUCCGCCGGGGGCGGGCAACCGGGACUGAGAGGUUUGCAAGGGCCCGUUGGCCCUAAAGGAGAACCCGGUAUGAGGGGUUCACUCGGUGCCCCCGGUGCUGCAGGAUUAACUGGAUUGAGAGGAGAAGGGGGGCAACCUGGAGAGAAAGGCUACCAGGGACCACAAGGUAUCCCUGGGCUUUCAGGACCAGGAGGACCACUCGGACCUCCCGGGCGUCCAGGGCCGAAAGGCGAAACGGGCGUACCUGGUAAACCCGGCUAUCCCGGCGAGGGAAAGCUAGGACCCCCCGGCCACAUUGGUCCUCAAGGUAACCCUGGGUCGAGUGGCCCUGCCGGACUUCCAGGGCAACCGGGACAACCCGGACCCCCCGGUCCUCCGGGACUACCCGCCGCGUCUCCUGACCUCGGACAGAUCCUCCCGGUGACCGGCCCGUACGCCGGCCAAAGACAAGGUUACAAGAAGCAAACGAACGGAGGUGACGUUGGCGGAAAUAGCGUCGAGAUGCCCGCGUUCACGGCGAAGCUCACGAACCCAUUCCCUCCCGUUGGCUCCCCUGUCGUCUUUGACAAACUCCUGCACAAUGGCAAUCAGGACUACAAUCCCCAAAAUGGUGUUUUCACCUGCAGCGUACCAGGGGUCUACUACUUUGCCUACCACGUACACUGCAAAGGGGGUAACCUGUGGGUGGCGCUGAUGAAGAAUAACGAGCCGGUGAUGUACACGUACGACGAAUACAAAAAGGGCUUGCUGGAUCAGGCAUCGGGGAGUGCCGUGCUCCCGCUACGACAGGGAGACUCCGUGCACAUACAGCUGCCGUCGGACCAGGCUGCGGGACUUUAUGCCGGUCAAUAUGUCCACUCCACGUUUUCCGGAUACCUACUGUACCCGAUGUAACAAACGAAGGCGACGAUGGCGUCUUUUACCGUACGCGUGGUAAAAAAAAAAAAAAAAACUACAGCAGUCUCAAAGGUACAGCGUGGGUCAAGUUAAAUGGUUUACAGCAGCGAGUGGCGUCAGAAUAAUCUUUUUUCAUACAGCGGCAACGUAUUUCAUCACAUCUCGCAUCAAUGGAGGAAGUUACGUGGGGUGUGUUAAUUGUUUCAAUAAAUCUGGUCAUUGGCUAUGAUGUGUAAGAAGUAACGUUUCACGCGAGGGUCGCGGACUACCGAAUAUCUCCGUUGAUAUAUUUCUUGUAAGUUUAAAUUGUGCAUUUAUUCUUAUAUCCGUACACAAACAAUAUAUCGGUGCUCAUGUCGCGGCUGGAACGAUUCCUAGAACGAUGAAGCUUUAUGUUGCGGAAUUGUUUUUAAACUUCACUAUUGUUUUUUUUUUCGCUUUGCAGUUAUAUACUGUAUACCGGGCACAUAAAAGGUAUUGGUUUCAUUGUGAGAUGCAUUUAUGGUCCUUUUACAGUUAUUAAGUUAUUGUUAUUCUUUUAUGUUCUGUCUUUUAAUACGUUAAAUGUCAAUACCCAUUUUCACAUCAUCUGACUAAAAAUGAAGUAUUUCUAAGUCCACAACAGAACAGUUUUGUCCACGAUUUGGCAGUUGAACUAUAAUUUGAUUGUUUUGCUUUUGACUAUUUGAUGUCAUGAUUUGAUGUCUUGUUUUAUUUGUAAUAGACAUGAAUUCUUUAAAAGGUUUUUGUCAGUUUGUCAGUAUUCUCUGUAAUUUAUUUGUUUGACUACUGAUUAUUUGGGAUUGUGUUAAUGCCCGUUUUGUUGAAUUCAUUCCAAAAUGCCAUACGUACAAGUUUUGCGGCAAAAACGGAAACGCAAAUAUUGAAAAAUGUGCUCGCAGUCAUACCCAUUCACACCGCCAUGUGUCACUUUCUUUUUUCAUUUGUACUUUAUUUCUUUAAACUGUGUUUUUUUUCUUUACUUUGGAUAAUAGCGCACAGCAUGAAAUGGGAAACGGUGCCUAAAAUAUGUG